AUGGCUCCUCCAAGUCUUCUUCUUGGUCCCCCAGAGUUCAGAAACCCAAAGCCAAAGCCAAUCGCAGCAGCAACCCAAACCCAAUCGACUGACCCCUUCGUUGACCUCAUGGUUGCCAAUUACAACGACUCAGCCAAGGCUCCAAUUAUCGCACCUCCAAUGGGCUUCACUGAGAACCGUUCUGCCACGUUUCUCGCCUCCGGCAACCCCUGCGUCGAUUUCUUCUUCCAUGUUGUGCCAUCCACGCCGGCCUCCUAUUUCAACCAACAGCUCCCGCUCGCCUGGGCCCACGACGACCUAACCACCCUCAAGCUCAUCUGCAACCUCAGAGGCGUGCGCGGCACUGGAAAGUCCGACAAGGAAGGCUUCUACACUGCGGCGUUUUGGCUCCACAAGCACCAUCCCAAAACCCUCGCCUGCAACGUUGCGUCUCUAGCCGAGUUUGGGUAUUUCAAAGAUCUGCCUGAGAUCCUGUACCGCCUUCUACAAGGCGAAGACGUGAGGAAGACCCAAAAGGCCGAGUGGUCGAUGAGAAAAGGCGGGGCGUGUAGGAUUGGUAGGCGUGGUAGGCGGGGGCUAAAUCAUCUGAGACCACCCUACAGAGGUGGCGUUUCACCAUCACCACCCUACUACGGAGGUGGCUUUGCACCACCAGCACCCUACGGAGGUGGCCCCGAUGGGCUGAGACCACCCUACAGAGGUGGCGUUUCACCAUCACCACCCUACUACGGAGGUGGCUUUGCACCACCAGCACCCUACGGAGGUGGCCCCUAUGGGCUGAGACCACCCUUUGGGGGCGGGCUCAAGUCAAGUAGCAGUGCGGUGAAGGGGCGCCGGUCAAGUAAUCGGAAAGGGGAUGUGCACUCUAGAGAGGCCCGGAUAAAAAGGGCAAUGGAAAGGGCACAAUUGGAGAAGGAAAAGGCGAGCUCUUUGAGAAGAGAGAAGAAGAUCAGCAUGGCCCAGAAAGCCCUUGGGAGGUACCAACGUGACCCAGAUUUUCGGUUUCUGUACGAGCGUGUUUCAGAUCUUUUCGCCGAGUGUUUGAAGUCCGAUAUUGAAAACUUCAACUCCAAUCAGUACAAGAAGAUAACCCUGGCUGCCAAGUGGUGUCCUUCUAUCGAUUCAUCCUUCGACCGAGCCACUUUGCUAUGUGAAAGCAUCGCCAGGAAGGUCUUCCCGCGAGAAUCAUACCCAGAAUAUGAAGGUGUUGAGGACGCCCAUUACGCCUACAGAGUCCGAGACCGGCUGAGGAAGGAUGUGUUGGUGCCGUUGAGGAAGGUGUUGGAGUUGCCAGAGGUUUAUAUAGGUGCCAAUCAAUGGGGUUCCAUUCCUUACAACCGAGUGGCCUCUGUGGCCAUGAAGUUUUACAAGGAGAAGUUCCUUAAGCAUGAUGAAGAGAGGUUUAAGAAGUAUUUGGAGGACGUCAAAGCUGGCAAGUCCACGAUUGCAGCAGGUGCUUUGCUUCCACAUGAGAUCAUAGAGUCUCUGAAUCAUGGAGAUGGCGGGCAAGUGGCUGAGCUUCAAUGGAAGAGAAUGGUGGAUGACAUGCUGAAGCAAGGCAAGAUGAACAACUGCUUGGCUGUGUGUGACGUCUCUGGAAGCAUGAAUGGGACACCCAUGGAGGUGUCGGUGGCUUUGGGACUGUUGGUGUCUGAACUGAGUGAAGAGCCAUGGAAGGGAAAGGUCAUCACUUUCAGUGCAAGACCUGAGCUUCAUUUGAUACAAGGCGAUGAUCUUAUGUCCAAGUGUGAGUUUGUGAGGACGAUGGAAUGGGGCGGGAACACUAAUUUUCAAAAGGUGUUUGAUUUGCUUCUGCAAGUGGCAGUGAAGGGGAGACUGAAGCCAGAGCAUAUGAUAAAGAGGAUCUUCGUGUUCAGCGACAUGGAGUUUGAUCAGGCUUCAACCAAUAGGUGGGAGACUGAUUAUCAGACAAUUCAGAGGAAGUAUAAUGAGAAAGGAUAUGGGAAUGCCAUACCGCAGAUUGUGUUUUGGAAUCUAAGGCACUCUUUGUCUACGCCAGUGCCUAGCACACAACCAGGGGUGGCGCUGUUGAGUGGCUAUUCAAAGAAUUUGAUGAAGUUGUUCUUGGAUAAUGAUGGAGAAGUUCGCCCAGACAGUGUCAUGGAACAAGCCCUCUCCGGCGAAGAAUAUCAGAAGUUGCUUGUGCUGGAUUGA